AUGCUACUUGCUGGUAUCAGUACUUCCAUGUAUUUUAUGAAAGCUGAUCAAUUUGCGUUAAUGAUUUUACGUUUUGCAAAUUUGGCAACCAUUUUGAAUUUAUUAAUAGUAACACUUAAUGAAUAUGUUUACAUCGUUUAUCCAUUUCACUAUCGACGACUUGUCACUCAUACAAGAGUUACCUUGUUAAUUGCAACUACAUGGAUAAUAGCAUGGGGAUUUACACUGUCUAUUUUAUUCUUUGGUUCACGAAAGCAAUCUAUUUAUAUCAAACCGGAUUGUUUAAUGAAGCGAAAAUAUUUUGAUCAUAACGUAAAUAGUGAUGCAACAGGAACUACCAUAUCAAUACCAACAAUAACAACAGUAACAACAACAACAACAACAACAACAACAACAACAACAACAACGACAACAACAACAACAACAACAACAACAACAACAGCAUCAACAGAUGAUAUUUUUUAUUCAUUACGUUUACCAUCGUGUGAAUUUAAUCGAGCAAAGAAGCAAAUAUUGAAAAGGAACAAAUAUGUUAUUGUUAUUGGCAGUGUACUGGCUAUCUAUACUGUUUAUUUUAUUUCUUAUUCAGCUAUAAAAUUUUUAUUUGUUACUAGGCUAAAAAGUUCACGUUUGGGUAUUUCACGCACGGCCAUGUAUUACGUACGAUGGGGUUUUCAAACGUUAAUGUGUUUGAAUGCGCUUCUGCAACCACUUUGCUAUUUUAGGAUACAUGAAUUUCGAAAUGCUUACAAAGGCAUUAUAUUUUGUCGUAAGCAAAGGGAAACAUUGAAUGCUGAAACAAUCUAUUUAUCCAUUACGGAAAGUCGACGACGAACAGUUUUUGGUAGCACUAAAAGAAAUGAUGGAAAUGAAAGAGUAAAAGCAAUUUAG